AUGGAGUACGAGGUAAUGUGGGGAGACGGCCCAUUAGGUCUGACACUACGUCCUGAUCUAGGAGAAGAUAUGCCGCCUGUAGUGGGUCGCAUCACACGUCAGGAUUCAGCUGCAGCGAUGGCAAAAGUGUCGGUCGGUCACAUGCUUGUGAGCAUUAACGGCAUGGAUACGGCCCGUAAGGGCUACGACCACGUUGUAGAGACAUUACAGAAGAUUCCACGGCCAGCUACGCUAAGAUUCCGUGUACCACGCGCAAUGACAGGCGGCCUUAAUGCGUAUCGUGACUCGUCGCGCAGUGCUGCGCGUCGUAGCCGCGGCUCUACGGGGACUUCAUGGUCAGAUUCUGGAAAUUCAUCGCCAAGUACAAGCUCGACAGCACGUAGACGUGAGCAGUAUACGGUGGUGUGGACGGAAGGUCCUCUGGGGAUGAUUCUUCGUCCCGACGACGAUGACUGUCAUGUACCUUGCAUACGUAAGAUUACAGGUAAAGGUGCUGGCACGGGAAUGGAGCGAGCUACAGUGGGGGAUAUUCUUGUUGCAGUGAAUGGUCAGGAAACUAAGGCUUUGGGCUUCCGAAGCACGAUUUCACUGUUAAAGACAAUCAGAAAACCAGCGGUGCUUAAGUUUAAGCGCAUGGGGCGGCGCAUCUCACGCAAGAGAUUGUCAAAGGAGGCGUCUUUAGGAAGUCGCAGUGUAAGUGGCAUUCCGAGCGAUACGGGGUCGUAUGAUAUUGUGUGGCGUGAGGGAGACCUUGGUCUGAAGCUAAAGCCUGGAUAUCGGGACGUUCCAGUCCUCAGUAAACUUACAGGAAAGGGCAAUGCUAGUGGUCUGCAGAAUGCUCAAGUGGGCGAUGAGUUGGUUUCAGUGAAUGGAACACACGUGGAAGGUGAGGCUUAUCAAGAUACGCUGCGUAUGUUGAAGCACUCACCAAAGCCAGCGGUGCUGCGCUUCCGUCCUGGAAAGAGUCGCCCGGAUUCGAUGAUGUCUGCGGUAUCUGUGUCAUCGGUUCGCUCGAAUCCGAGCACCCAGCGUGAAGUAACAAAGGUAACGAGUCGCCAACACGUACCUCUUUACCACGGCAGCUCUUCCCCGCCCGAACCUGGAGGGCUAUCGCAUCCGACUAAAUCUUCGCGGCAUGACCGCGAACGUUCUGAUCGUGAACGUUCUAAUCGUGAUCGUUCUAAUCGUGAACGCCCUGACCAUGAGCGACAAAGACGGAAGAAACGCAUUCCGCUAGAUGUAGCACGCGAACUGGUGGCAGCGUCUCAAGGUUCCGACUUAGAGCACGCCAUUUUUGCUGGUAUCCCUAUCACUGCCAUUGAAGACGGCUCCAAGGAAGCGCACCUACUUCGCGUUCAGGCCAAACUUUGUAUUGCAAAUAAGGCUAAGGCGGACCGCAGCACACCUGCAAAGGAGGCGUUAUCGCGUGCAGAACAGGAAGCCAAGGUACUUCAGGAGGCACUAGAGAAGGUGAAGAGCCAGGCAAAGAAAUAUGAAGAAAUUCUGGAAGCGCAGUCGCGUGAGCGUGUACUCGCGAUGGCAGUGCAACACAAGCCACAAGAGGUAGUGAAACGUCAGAACAACGUGAUUAGCGAGUUGGCAGGUGUGAUUUCGGGUUUCAAACGCGACUCGUACACUGAUGUUGAUAUCGUUCCACCUGUAAUUGAAGAGGACGAACACGUGCAGAAAAUCAUGGAUGACCUGCACAAUGUAAUGAGCAUCCCAGUGGUUGUUCCAACUGCGAAAUUUUGUGCUGAGUGUGGUACCACUGAGAAUGAGUCUAAGCUAGAUAUGGACGGUGAUGGUGAGUAUUACUGCAAGGAUUGCUGGGACAAGUUCCUUAACCUAUCUGGAUCUUCUCCAGCUGACCCAUCUACAGCAGAAGCCUCCGUGGUGCCAGUGGCUGAACCAGAACUGCCAGCUAUAGUAGAGGAACUUCCUGUGGUUACCGUACCGUCCAUACCAGUGGAUGUAGAAGACGAGGUAUCGCCGUCCUUGCUUGAUGCGCCAUUGCGGUCGAGCCGCGUCGCUAUUGAAGACCGUGAGGCUGAGGAGCAAAAAGCGCGUGUUGAAGCAGAGCACAAGCUUAUGGAAAUCAAGGAGCUUCGUCGCUCAGGCACUUUCGUACCCGAGCGACAGUUGCACAAGAGUAACGCGGACCGCUCACGGCGAGAGCGUCGUGGUUUGGAGGAACUUGCUCAGGCGCUAUUUGAAGAAGAAGAACGUGCUCGUGCGGAGGGCAAUCUUGGAUUGGCUAAGAAGUUGAGUGCCCAACGCGCACGGACUAUGGCUGAGACAUCUGGCGACAGUCCUAUGACGCCGUUUUCGUCGAUGGGCAACUUGCUCGUGACUAAUGAUGCCGAGUUAAGGAAUAGACACGACAGUCCCACGAAGUCGAAGUUAGCAUCACCAAUGCAGGUCGAUUCGUCACUGGAACUGAGUCGCUCAGUGAGCGAAGAUUUGAGCUUACCUUCCCAAAUUCCGGUCUCAGAUUCACCACCUAUUUCGCUGGAGCCCACGUUGUCUCCUGUUGCCGCAGUAACUGCAGCGGAUAUUCUUCACGAAGAGGCAAUUGCAGGGGACACUCCUCACGAAGAGGCAACUGCAGCGGUAGUAGAGGCAACAGCCACGAAUAGCGGCAACAGCCACGAAAGCGGCAACAAUGCUGGCAAUGACUACGCUGAUGUGAACUCGGAUGAGGAGGCUGAAGACCAAAUGCAAAUGAAUGAUGAGGAGGAUGUGCUUCGGGAGGUGGAGGAGAAGAACUUUGCGCUAGCACGGCAGCUAGAUGAGGCUCAUAGUGUCAUUGAGCGUGCACGUAUGUCUAUUAGCAUGUCUGGUGACGACGACGAUGAUGAGGUUACUGAUGACGGCUUGAGCGAGGAGCAGAUUAGUUUAUUUAAGAAACUAACGAGUCAAGCGGAUGAACGCAUGUCCAUGGUGGACCGCCUGCACCCGCAGGACGACUCGGACUCGGACUCGAAUUCAGACUCAAACUCGAACUCAAACUCGGAAGAAGAAGAAGAAGAAGAGAGGAAGACGAAGGUGUGUGGAUUUAAUCCCACAACAUAG